GCCAAAGGCAAAUGUUGCCGGUUCAUCGCCUUUGAGAAUCCAGAUUGACUGCGGAGAAGAAGCAGGGUGAGGAUGGCAAAGCUCAUUGUGUGCGUCUCCAUAAUGCUGGUGCUGCUGGUGGUGCCGGGUGAAAGCAGUCCCGUGAGCGCUUGCUGCACACAGUACCAUGAAAGUCCAGUCCCAGUGAGACUGCUGAAGUGCUACACAAUCCAGGAGGACACGGAUUACUGCAACAUCAAGGCAAUCAUUUUCAAGACGAGGAAAAACAAACUUCUCUGUGGCAAUCCUGACAAAAAGUGGGUGCAGGAGGCCAUGAAGACUGUGCCACGAAAAUGUGAAGCAGCAGAUCGCCUGAGGAAGUCAACUUAAAGGACUCAAAGACACACAAGAUGAAUUCAUGCAUUAUUUGAAUGUUGAAUAAAAAUAUAUUUUUGUAUUACUUCUAUGCCAAUAAAUUGAAUAUUUUUG